AUGAAUCCGGGCUCCAUGUCUCUUGUGGGCUAUCCUGAGCUUUGCAAUACUUCAGCCUACCGAACUCAUUGUUACCUCCCGGUGACUCCUGUUUCUUUUUGCUCCAAUGAUGUAAGCUCUACUUUUGGACACUACUUACCCAGUAGCUACCAAAGCAACCUCUGGCUCCUGGACCACUGCCACGAAUCCUACUGUGAGGCACCGAGCUCUGAAUCGCCCAGCUGUGAGCCUCAGUCCUGCACCACUGCACGGUCUGACUCCAGGAAUUCCUGCGGGCCCUGCAAUGCUCCAUCUGCAGGCCAGGUCAUCAGUGCCUGUGAAACUAGGAACACCAGAGCCAGCCCCAAGAGAAGCCCAGGCACUGGGACAAAGGGGCAUGUAUCCAGGUGCCACAGACCCGCUCCAUGGGCCUCCAAAGCUUGUCAGAUCCUGCGCCCUCAGUCUGCUUGUUUGGGACAACAUAAUUACUUAUCAAAGAAUCUUCAACCCCAAACUCACUGCAGACUGAGUAGCUGGGGAUAUAAAAGCUACCACAAUUCUGACUUCCACACCCGUGGCUUCUCACCAGCAUGCUAUGUUGUCAAUGGCUACCAACCUCAGAGGUAUUUUAUGAGCUACCGACCACUGACCUAUUUGUCUAGAAAUUUCCGGUCUCUGAGCUGUGUGCCCAGUACCUUUCCGCCUCUGAGGUACUUAUGCAGUGGUAGCAGACCCCUGCAUUGCUAUUGA